AUGAGGCUCCGCUUUGGGAUGAUGACGCCCAACUUGCUAGACUUGGCCGCUAUUGCCGGCCUCCGCCCUCAUGGAGAGGAUUUCUCGGCCGCCAACCUUCCGGAUGGCAAAGUGGGCUUAGAUUUUCACAAGUCAAACAAGAAUUCCGGGAGCUGGGUGAAGACAUAUCUUGGCCAUGGCGGAGAUCCCACCGACCCUCCUUCCAUCAAUGGCGUAUCCUACACUGAGCACGUGGCUUUCCUUGUGAUGUGGUUGUGCAAGUUCUUGGCAUGCCCAAAAUCCGGCGGGAUCACAAAGGAAUUUCAAGCCUUGGCGGAGGUGCUUGCGGAUGGCCAUCAAGUGGCCAUGGGCCCAAUCUUUCUUGCCUAUCUUUAUAGAGGGCUCCGUGAGUUAUAUUUUCCGGAGUUAAGUCCCACCACCGUUUGCCCAAACGAUGAAGCACUUUUGGGUCCGCCUUUGCUCAACGCCCCACGGCGGAAGCAUUUUGUGGAGGAUUGCUUCCGCUUUUUCUAUGAGUGCCAGGAGAGGACUAGGGAGCAUCUCUCCAUUUGCCUUGAUCACCGUUUCCCGGAUUAUCUAGCCCUGGAUCUUUCCUCAUAUCCCACGGCGGAGACGAAAGAUGAGAGACAUAAUAUGUGGGCGAGCAUCCUUAUCAGCCGAGAUCUUCCAUAUGGCCUAAUGGUGAACAAGGGAAGCAAUUAUCAUUGUGGUGGUGAGCUUUAUUAUCCCGCCGCCGCCGGCUACCAGCUUGGUUUCAUACAGAGCAUCCCUAUACCACCCAUGGAUUCCGUCAACCUGCUCUCCUCUUGGCGGGUGGAAUUUAAAGAUGCGAAAGAGGUCGCCACCUUGACGGAUUUCAACCAAGACUUGGUGAAAUCCUUCAGUAUUCCGAUUAGAGAUCCUCGGUUUGGUGACUCUAACAUCUUUAUCCAUUGGUGGAAAGAAAUGUCGGCCGGUUGGUUUUCUCAACCAUGCUCAGAGAUUGAGGAUAGGAUCUUUAAGCAUUGCCCAUGCUCAUUGGCCUUUCAACAAGAGAAAGAGAAGAAGAAGGCCCAAGCAAAAGUUGACACCGCCGAGAAGGAAAAUCCUCCCGCCAAGGUUAUUGAGAGAGAGAGCUUGGCCAAAUCCGCCAAUACAAAUUCUGGGCGGGGCGAGAAAAGGCCCACCGCCCCCAUCCAAGGAGAUAGCCCCGCCGGAAAUAUUUUGCCUUCUCAAACAUUCCUUCGGCCCAGAAAAGCCGCGGAUCCUCCUUCCUCUUCUCAUUCGGUCGGGGCCGUGCAAUCGGCCACCACUUCAUCCGCCGCUCCGGAAACUCAACCUCCUACACUUGAGAAGGGAGUUGGGGCGCAAGUCAUGACUUCGGUGGGCGAGGAUGAGUCGGCCGAGAUCACUACCACGGAGCACCUGGAGGAUGUUUCCAUGGGGUCACACGAGAUUACUCCUAUGCCCGAUGAUGACGCUCAUGAGGACGUGGCCGAGCUGACCGAGGAAGACUUUCCACAUGUUCCGAAUUCUCAGCGGGCCAUUUUUGGCCCCAACCUUUCUUCGGCCGAUGCCAUGGCCACUGAGGCCGAAUUUCAGCCCCUCUUUGCCACAAGUUCGGGCUCUACCUUGACCCGCCUUCUCGAGGCGCCCCAAAGUAGCCCAACUUUUCAGAGAGCUCACACCCUCCUUUUUUAG